AUGACACCACAAUUGAAGGACAACGGAGGAAAUCCACACUGCCCCAUAAACGGAACACUUGAAGGUGUGUUCUUCGGGGUGACGCUGUGGGGCGGUUAUCUACCAACUAUAUUCCCAUUUGGAGACACCAGAGUGAAGGUUCCCCUGGAGCGAGUCUUUGAUGAGUCAGCCAGGCUGUACUUCGCGGAUUUCUUUCAGCCACCUCAAAGUAUCAACCACUUCGUCACAUUGGUUCUGACAGAGUGUGAUUCAGAAGCGGAUCGCUUCUGUCGGAAACACCUCGUUCGUCUGGACGAAGAGCAGAACGUAUUUCUGAGGAAGGAAAGGGGCAAAUAUAAAACGCUCAAACAGGACAAAGUGUGGGUUGAAGUGUUCUAUACGCAUGAAGUGGACAUAUCGGGUCUGAAGCUGACUAAAAUGUGA